AUGACCGAAGGAGUUCAGCUCCCAAUUUCGACAUCCUUUGUCUCGUUAAUUGAAGCAACAGCUGGUUCAAAACAUUGCCCUAUUUGUCACCUCGUUUUCCUGUUACACAUGUAUGUUCCAAUGCUGAUUGAUUCCAUAUCUAGUACUUUGGCAUCCCACUUAUGGAAUCCUUUGGUCGCACGCCUCAGAUAUCUAAUAGAGAUGGAAGAAAAUAUUGGAAAGCUGGACAACACUAUCAAAAACCUAGAAGUUAGGAAAAAUGAAAUCCAAAUCCGGCUUAGUAUCUCUGAGGGGAAGCAAGAAACAUGUAAUCCUGAAGUUACAGAAUGGCUACAAAAGGUAGCAGCGAUGGAAACUGAGGUGAAUGAGAUAAAAAAUGUGCAGAGGAAGAGAAAGCAAUUAUUCAGUUAUUGGUCAAAGUACGAAAUUGGCAUGCAGGCUGCGAAGAAACUGAAGGAAGCUGAAAUGUUGCAUGAAAAAGGUGCAUUCAAAGAGGUAUCAUUUGAGGUACCACCAUAUUUCGUGCAAGAAGUGCCCACCAUACCUUCAACUGAAGAAACAGAGUGUAAUUUGAAAGAAGUUCUGCAGUACCUCAAAGAUGACAAUGUUGGAAUUUUAGGGAUAUGGGGAAUGGGAGGAGUUGGUAAGACCACCUUGCUCAGAAAAAUCAACAAUCACUUCUUAGGUGUAACCAAAGAAAAUUAUGGAUUCGACCUUGUUGUUUAUGUCGUGGCAUCUACAGCCAGUGGAAUAGGUCAGCUUCAAGCAGAUAUUGCUGAAAGGAUCGGGCUGUUCCUGAAACCAGGUUGUAGCAUUAAUAUACGGGCUUCAUUUUUGUUAAGUUUUUUAAGGAGAAAGAAAUUCUUACUUCUGAUAGAUGAUUUAUGGGGUUAUUUUGAUUUAGCUGAAGCUGGCAUUCCAUAUCCUAAUGGCCUAAAUAAGCAGAAAGUAGUUCUGGCAACACGUUCUGAGAGUGUUUGUGGGCAUAUGGGAGCUCACAAGACGAUCUUCAUGGAAUGCUUGGACCAAGAAAAAGCUUGGCGAUUAUUCAAAGAAAAAGCAACAGAAGAAGUUAUUAGUUCAGAUGUUAGGAUUGAAAGCCUAGCAAAGGAAGUUGCAGAAGAAUGUGGGGGUUUGCCCCUUGCUCUUGCAACUCUUGGUCGUGCAAUGUCCACAAAGAGGACUCGUCAUGAAUGGGCACUUGCACUGUCAUAUCUGAAGAAGUCCCGCAUUCAUGAGAUCCCAAAUAUGGGAAAUACUAGUCACAUAUACACUAGGCUAAAAUUAAGUUAUGAUUAUCUGCAGGAUAAACAGAUCAAAUAUUGUUUCUUAUGCUGUUCUCUGUGGCCUGAAGGCUACUCAAUUUGGAAAGUUGCACUGAUAGACUGUUGGAUGGGGAUGGGUUUGAUAGAGUAUGAUACUAUAGAGGAAGCAUAUGACAAGGGCCACUCCAUCAUUGAGUACUUGAAAAAUGCUUGCUUAUUGGAGGCUGGCUACUUGGAAGAUAGGGAGGUGAGAAUACAUGACAUUAUCCGAGAUAUGGCACUGUCAAUAUCUUCUGGCUGUGUUGACCAAAGCAUGAAUUGGAUUGUUCAGGCAGGGGUUGGAAUUCAUAAAAUUGAUAGCAGGGAUAUUGAGAAAUGGAGGUCAGCCAGAAAGAUAUCGCUCAUGUGCAAUUAUAUCAGUGAACUUCCUCAUGCUAUCAGCUGUUACAAUCUCCAAUAUCUGUCACUGCAGCAAAACUUUUGGUUGAAUGUGAUCCCACCUUCUCUUUUUAAAUGCUUAUCGUCUGUUACAUACUUGGACUUGUCUUGGAUUCCCAUCAAAGAACUUCCAGAAGAAAUCGGCGCAUUAGUUGAACUCCAAUGUCUCAAACUGAACCAAACACUCAUUAAAUCAUUGCCUGUGGCGAUUGGCCAAUUAACAAAGUUGAAGUACCUAAAUUUGAGCUACAUGGAUUUCUUGGAGAAGAUACCCUAUGGUGUUAUUCCAAAUUUAUCAAAGCUACAAGUGUUGGACUUAUAUGGUAGCAGGUAUGCUGGCUGUGAAGAGGGGUUUCAUUCAAGAAGUCACAUGGAUUAUGAUGAGUUUAGAAUAGAAGAGUUAUCUUGCUUAACUAGAGAACUAAAAGCUCUGGGAAUAACAAUCAAGAAAGUGAGUACCUUGAAGAAGCUCCUUGAUAUUCAUGGAAGUCACAUGAGAUUGCUUGGUCUAUAUAAAUUGAGUGGCGAGACAUCUCUUGCGCUCACUAUACCAGAUAGUGUCCUUGUUCUUAAUAUAACGGACUGUUCAGAAUUAAAGGAGUUCUCUGUCACAAACAAGCCACAGUGUUAUGGAGAUCAUCUUCCGAGGCUAGAGUUUCUCACCUUUUGGGAUCUUCCAAGAAUUGAGAAGAUUAGUAUGGGGCAUAUUCAGAACCUUCGUGUCCUUUAUGUAGGGAAAGCCCAUCAACUGAUGGACAUGUCCUGCAUUCUGAAACUACCGCACCUGGAGCAAUUGGAUGUGUCUUUCUGCAAUAAAAUGAAACAGCUAGUCCAUAUAAAGAAUAAAAUCAAUACUGAAGUACAAGAUGAAAUGCCAAUCCAGGGAUUUCGACGACUGAGAAUUUUGCAAUUGAAUUCGUUGCCAAGCUUGGAAAACUUCUGUAACUUUAGCCUAGACCUUCCUUCUUUGGAAUACUUUGAUGUGUUUGCUUGUCCGAAGCUGAGAAGGCUGCCUUUUGGGCAUGCAAUUGUCAAAUUAAAGAGUGUCAUGGGGGAGAAAACAUGGUGGGACAAUCUUAAAUGGGAUGAUGAAAACAGUCCCUUAUUGCUAUUUCCAUUUUUUAAAGCAUCAGAAACUCGUAUAGCAUCCUUAAGGCCGGAGCUAGAUACUAGUGUAGCAUCCUCACCCAAAGCUUUCUUCACCAAAAGGCAGCCCUAUUUAAGUUCAUCAAUUCGCUACACAUCUUUCCUAAAAUCUAUGUUUGAAGCUGAGGAGUUUAGUAGCCUUUAGAAUGUGGGAUUGCAGCUACAACACUGUCUUAUCAUUCUGUCUACAAGUGCAACAAUGCUUACGUGAGGUGCUCAAAGGCUCAAGGUGGCACGUAACGACAAUACAAUGGAUCUGUUAUUAUUGGUCAUUGUCAGUUCCGAGAGCUCAUGUUAGUCCUUGGACCUAUCUACUACUACCAUCCAUUGACUGAUUCUAUGUUACUCUCUCCGCAUUUUAAUGUAUGAUACCGUUGACUUUUUAACUAACA